AUGAGAUCAUGGACGGAGUUGGAAUUAUCAGAGCGGCACCCAAAGCAGGCAAAGCAGCAACGAUUCAAACGUUCACUCAAGCGGUCCCAAGGUCAUCCACGAACUGUCGUUUCUCUGAAAUUCUGCCCCAAACCAGGGUUAAUAGCCGCCUUGCAUAUCUCCAUGGCAUCUCAGUCUACAAAGGCUCUCUCCCAGAAACUCACCGUAAUUGCGGAGACAUGGAUAAAAGACCCGUUUAGACCAAAUCUUCAGCUCCAGACUUUCCUCAAGUCGCUCGCUGCGCAUCCAAGGCUGACUCCGAAGGCUGUAGAGGCUACACGUGCUUUGCGAGACGAUGUUAUGCAUCAAAAGGUUGCCCUUCUACCUCGAGACCUUGCUUAA